UAUCCCAGUAGCACCAGGCAGUGUAGGAAGACCAGCACACUGGCCGGGGGCUUCUGGAGUUCCCCUGAGUGCCUGAGAAGAGAGAGAGAAGAGGACAAAGAGGAGCCAUGAGUAUCCUGUUGCUCCUAAUUGGUGGUGUUUUGUUCACCUACGUGUUUCUUUCCUGGAAAAACCGGCUUCAGAGAAACAUUAGUGAAAUGUCAUCAUCAGAUUCAACUGUUUAUGUACUAGUAAGAUCAUCCUCUUCUACUUGGUCAACUAAGCGCAAUACUGUUAACAGUCUUACAGUCAGCAGCCUCUCUCGGGAUAUGUUAAUUAAUUCCCCACAAUCAGUUGUCAUCCAGAAACAAAUCCUGGUAAAUCUCAUGAUGGUGGAGUACAAGCUUGUUGAAUUGGAACAUUCCCUAGUUACUAAAGAUGUAAAUGGUGCAUUAGUUGACCCUAAUUCCACUGGCAUGUGUAUGGAAUGUAUUGACUAUGAAGUCAAUCAUUAAAGGCACUUUGAGUGGAUUCAUUUGA